AUAUAAAAGAGGACAGAAGCCUUCGGUCCUUGCAGAAACAUUCUGACGUGACGCAAACAUGCUCAGGAUUCUGGUGUUGACAUGUCUCGCCGCCUUGGUGGUGGCUGAGCUGGAGUAUGAGCCCAGGUACCUGGAGGACAGCUUGCAGAGGGUCGUAGGAGGCCAAGUUGCCAGUCCCAACUCCUGGCCCUGGCAGAUCUCUCUUCAGUACCAAUCUGGCAGCAGCUACUACCACACCUGUGGAGGAAGCCUGAUUCGUAAGGGUUGGGUGAUGACCGCUGCUCACUGCGUGGACAGCCCGAGGACAUUCCGUGUUGUUCUGGGUGAACAUGACCUGUACGUCAACAGUGGAAGGGAGCAGAUCAUCAGUGUCAGCCAGAUUUACAUCCACCCCAACUGGGAUUCAAGCAGAGUCGCUAAUGGAUAUGACAUUGCUCUGCUGAGACUGUCAUCUGAGGCCGUCCUGAACUCUUACGUCCAGCUUGCCUCGCUGCCCCCCUCUGGCCAGAUCCUGCCUCACAACAACCCCUGCUACAUCACUGGAUGGGGACGCACCUCCACUGGUGGCAGCCUGUCUGCCCAGCUCAAACAGGCCUACCUUCCUCUUGUGGACCAUAAGACCUGCUCCAGCAGCGGCUGGUGGGGCAGCACUGUGAAAACCAGCAUGGUGUGCGGCGGAGGUGGAAAUGAGGCUGGAUGCAAUGGUGAUUCUGGUGGCCCUCUGAACUGCCAGGUUAGCGGCAAGUACUACGUGCAUGGCAUUGCCAGCUUUGUGUCUGGCCUGGGCUGCAAUGCUUAUCAGAAACCCACGGUCUUCACCCGUGUGUCUGCUUACAUCAGCUGGAUGAACUCAAUCCUUUAAAAGGUGUGGCAGAAUGUUAAGCUGCAUGACUACAUUUGAUUAUGUUGGCAACUGAAAAAACAAAAAAAAA